GCUGGGACGCUGCCACCCGGGUGAGAGCCGAGGCCGCGUGUGCUCGCCGGGGCUGCGGCUGGUGUCUCCGCGAGAGCAGGGGCGCUUGGGGUGCUCGGGGUGGGGGACCCACGCUCCUGCGUGCUGGCGCCGCCUGCCCCGCUCUGCGCUCCCGCUGCCGGAAGGUGCGCGGCGCCGAGCUCCUGCA